UUUACCUGCUCCGCUUCUGUGGCUUGUGUUAAAGCCAAUUCAAAAGCUCCUGGCCAUUAUACUAGGAGCCUCAGGAAGUGGUGGAUAGCACUUCCUCCCAACAAGCAGCAGCUUCUGCGUGAGACGGCAUGGCGACGAAGGUGGCACCUGGCAGCCGGAGCAGCAGGACUGCUGGUUGUCAUGGCGAUCUUCCUGCUCACACACCUGGAUGAGUCACCGGUGACUGGACGCACCAGACUGCUUGUGUUCAGCAGGGAGAACUUCUUGGAGCUGGCCAACUUGACUGCAGAACAGCACAUGGAGGAGUUUAAGGACAUCAUCAUCUCCCCAAAAGACCCCAGGCACCAGGUGGUGGAACGGGUGGUGCAACACCUGGCUGAAAGGAACCAGGACAUUGCUGAGAUCUCCACUGUACCCUGGAGCGUCCACGUGGUGGACAGUCCCACCAUGAAUGCCUUUGUGCUACCGAACGGGAAGGUGUUCAUCUUCACGGGGAUGCUGGAGGCAGUGGCAGACAUUCAUCAGCUGACCUUUAUUCUGGGACAUGAGAUGGCCCAUGCCCUCAUCGGACACUCUGCGGAGCAGGCCAGCAUGUCCCAUGUGGUGGACUUCCUGUCCCUGAUCCUGCUGACUGCCAUCUGGGCCGUGUGUCCACGGGACAGCCUGGCUGCGCUGGGCCAUUGGAUCCAGGGCAAGCUUGUGCAGUUCAUGUUUGAUCGGCCGUACAGCAGGAAGCUGGAGGCGGAGGCGGACCAGGUCGGACUGCAGCUGGCUGCCAAGGCGUGUGCGGACGUGCGGGCCGGGCCAGUGUUCUGGCAGCAGAUGGAGAUCUCGGAUCAGCUGCGGGGCGAGUCCACCGUGCCCGAGUGGCUCUCCACCCACCCGUCCCACCGGAACCGGGUCAACCAACUGGACCGCCUCAUCCCUCAGGCUCUGGAGCUGAGGGCCAGCUGCGACUGUCCGGCGCUGCCCGCCACUGACCCGCGGGCCGUCUUCUCCGAGAGCGUCCGCCAGCUGCUAAACAGCGUGAAGGAGCGAGAGAGUGCCGAGAAGGCCAAAGAGAAGGAGGGGAAAUUGUCUAUCGCCUCCGGCGGUGGUGGUAUCUUCCUGCCACUUCCCCAUGCUCCCUCUCCCCUGGCCCCUGGGCCCCCAGGCCAGUUAGGGGGAGUGCUAUCCCCCACGCCAGUCCUCUCUCAGGCCCUCCCCAGCAAGUGACACUCAGGAGAGCAGAACCAUACACUGGACUUUACCAUCAAUAGUAACACUCGGCAGUGGUCACCAGUAGCAUUGUAUUUUCCCACUAAUCAUCAGUCUUCCUCCUCUGUUUCUCCACUGAUCUGUCAGACUUGCCUUUAGCCUUUUUCCUGUUGGGAGAUUACAUAUAUGUACAUGUGAAUGUAUCUUAAGGUCUCCUCCGGUUAGCUUAGCAGUGCAGGAUGUUAGUGCUCUGGAUUCUGCAUGUUAGGUAACCUAUAUCAGAAGGCUGAUAUAUAAACCUGGAUCUGGUCUUCAGCCUGAGAUGCAUAACCAGGCAUGGCCACAGGGACUAAGCCUUGAAAUUCACACUAAUAUCCUUAUGUGAUGUGUAAUGUGACAAUCUCUCAUUUCAGUGAUGGCAUAGCACAGCUGUUACUGUGUGUGUGUGUGUGUGUGUGUGUGUGUACUCUGAUUUACUGUUCAGCUGUGUGUGUGUGUGUGUGUGUGUGUGUGUGCAUGUGUGUGCGCAUGCAUGUGUGUGUGUGCGUACGUGUUAGAUGGAUGAGGCGUAAGUGUAAGCCUGUUUCAUUAGAGUGUAAAAUGAGUCGGGAUGCUCUCGCGUAAUGUUGACCGCAUUUCGCAGCGCAAUAUUAUCGCGUUAAUAAUGAAACCGCUCUAAAUGUGGAUGUGAUUAGCCGUAAUCGUCUGAUUAGCAUAAUGGCCCCAUACAGUGGGUAGCAUUAUGAUGUGCAUUAUUCAUCAAAGGGCCCAGGCACUUCCUUUAAUGUGUGUGCUAUAGGUUCCGGGCAGUGACGCAAGCAGCGCACUCUUCAAACCCAGUCUGACUCGCUCCAGCCUCGAGGACCAGAUGAAUUUGAGUGUUUCUCUAUCAAGUGCAGAAGUCGAGGGAGCAGAAGAAAGUGGUGUGUCAGUACAGCGUGUUGGAGGCUUUUUUUUGCCAACACUGUGGUACCUCUGUUAGUAAGGAGGGAAGAUGAGAAGAGUUCUCUCUCUCUCGUUCUCUCUCUCUCUCUCUCUCUCUCUCUCUGUAUGUAGGUCAGGGUUUGCACCCCCUAUUGUGUGCAUGUGAACUUCUCCAAAGGGUCCAGGUCAAGAACAUGACAAAAGGGUACUUAAAGGCAACGCACAUUGAUUUCAAUUUCACUACUGAUUUUAAAUAUUUUGACCUUCAGCAUAUUUUUGACAUGGUCUCUGUGUUUUGUUUUUAUUUUUGAAAGUAUCAUUGAGAGUGGAGGGAGGUCAUUUCUAUAACUCAAUAGCAAUAUUUUGCUGUGUUGAACAUCAGGGAAAUAAAUAUUUUACUGUAAGUAC